AUGAGUAUCACUAGUGGGCGCUAUCGCUGGAUGGGGGCUCGCACCGACAGGGAAUUGUCCGAGCCUGGAAUAAAUGCUGGAACUGAGUCAGAGUGGGCGGAAUGGGAAAGGCGAAGAGCUGAAGAAGACCGGCUCAAGCGGAAGAUCGAGAGUUGGAAGAAGACGGUCGAUGUUGAUCUUGUUGAUCCUUCUCCUCCGGAGACUAUCGAGUCUAAAUCCAUAUCCCGAGAGUGUUUGACCCGUGUAGAGGGUGUCCAGUGCGUGGUUCAAGAUAAGCCUGUCGACGUUGAACCAAAGAAGGAUCUGAAGGCAGCCACCACUCAGGCAAAGCUUCAUGAUCCCUUGAUGGCUCGGUCUGGCUUGGGUUUUUCUGUGGUAAAGCGAAACACCCAGGCCCUCGUAGGCAAGCCAAAGCCCACUCCCAGAAAUCGCGAUAGCGACAAUGCUGCCCCACAUGUAGAGGAAUUGUCUAAACCCAAGGAUCAUAGCGCUGCACAAGAGCGGAACUUGCAGGAAGAUGCAGGGAGCUUAAAGCAACCCAGCAAACCCAGCAAAUCUGAAAACGCACAAAAUGUGCACGUUCUUUCACAUUCAAAGCUUGGUCAACCAGACGAUUUGGAGGCAUCUAUUCCGCUCAAGAAUCAACCUACUCGAACUGUACAGAGUAUCGCAAACAUCUCAGAAACACGCGACCAAAACCCCGAACAAUGUCGGCAGAAACCCGCACCCAUUCCUUCUGCUCCUCCUUCAACUCCCCCUUCAUCCAUCACUCCGCGUACCUCCUCUCCACUCUUAAACAAAUCAAAAGGCCAAACACGAACCUCCCAAUCUCUCCCAGUGAUACCCACCACUCUGACAGGUCCAAAUGGACACCAAACACACAAACGACCUGUAUCACCUACCUCCCCUAUUGGGCGUCCUGCCAAAAAAGCACGGACUAUGCCCGUGCUCCCCUCUUCUGACAUUCCUGCGUCCAACGCAACCCCUCCAGAGUCCAGCAGUCCGAUAGCACCCACCACCCCCAAAUCCUCAGAUAAAGACCGUAUCAUUCCUGAUUCAAGUCCAGCAGCAGCAGCGGUAGGACUAACAACACCCAAACGCCGUCCCCUGCCCACACUCACCGAGCUUCUUGCCUCUUCGAAGAGAGGCAAGAAAUCGGGGUCACCUAGCAGGAAACCGAAAUCGCCUAUGCGAGUUGCUGCAGAGCAACUCAUGAUCAAAGCUGAUGUCCCCAAUAACGAUAACGAUAACGAUUCCAACCAUGCCCAGGGCCACGCUCAGAUAACCACAACCAGGAUAACAGUAAAAGCAGGCCGGUUCCCAUCUCCGCUUGAUAAUCCAUUCAUGCUGGACCCUUACGCGCUCAGUGCACACCAUGACGAGCUAGAACCAGACGUGAUAGCCUCUCCUACAAAAUCACUAUCAUCCAUCGCAGAAUCUGAUUCUGAUCCGGAAGAGGAGGACGAUGAGGACGGGGUCGACUCAGCAGGGUGGGAAGCAGCACAAGUUUGGUGGGUGGAUGGGGUACAAUUCCCAAUUCGAUGUUGAUGGGCAAGUGAGCCAGGUUGAUAAACUGCUGGAGAAGGACGUACAGGUGGAUUAUGAUGGCUGGUUGAGGGAUCCUAGUAAUGAGCCGCCUGAGGUACAGUUGGAUAGUAGUCCGUAGUGGUGUAGGAAUACGUAUAUAUGUAUCAUUUGCGCACAAUUCAUUGGUUUAUGAUUUUGGAG